GCGACGAAAUUCAUGCCAUCGAGGCGUCAGGGCAUAUCGUAACAAAUGUUGCAGCGGAAAAAAAAAGCUUUGACACUUUCGCUGAAAGUGUGCCAAGCGGCGAGCGUCGGCAAAAACUAUCUCAAAACGAAAUAAGAUUAAUAUUAAAAGAAAAUGAAUAUUUACAAAAGGAAAAUGAAGGAUUAAAAAAUCAAAUCGAAAAAUUAGAAAGUCAAAUUGAAGCAGAAAGACAAUAUGUUAAAGAAGAAAGAGAACAUGCUAACGAAGAAAGACAACAAGCUAGACAAGAAGCUAGGGAAGAAAGACAACAAGCAAGACAAGAAAGACAAAAUUUACAAAAAAUUUUUUUGCUUAUAAUUUUUAUCUUAUUUCUUUUUUUGCUUUCUUGUCAAUUUGGUUUUACUGAAUAUAGUUAUAAUUUCUUAAAUUAUUAUGAAGAUAUGUGGCAAAAAUUUGGAAAUUUUAUUGCUUCUUUUUUCUCAAGAUGA